UUCCAAAAAAAAAAGGACCCACUCUUUAUUCAAAUAAUUCUUUCUACUCAUGAAAAUUAAUGGGUGAUUUGGUUUCUAAAGUAAAAAAUCCUACUGUAAAAUCUUAAAAGCCAAUAUAGUGAGUAAAAAGCGGGAUUUUUGGCUCCCACUUCCUCAUUUUGGUGCCAAAAAUCCAAAAAUUUCCCUCCCAAAAUCCCCUCCUAUUUAACUAUUCAAGGGUCACACUAUUCUCAAUUUCUCACUAACCUACAAGGCUACAAUUGACCUAUGCAACUCCAGUAAAAAUAAUGGCCAAACACCAGCGUAAAGAAGACCGUCUGAGUUCACUUCCCGACGCAAUUCUCAUCAACAUACUCUCUCUUCUCCCAACCAACACCGCCGCUUCCACCUCCGUCUUAUCCCACCGAUGGCGCUACCUUUGGACCGGCGUCACUCGCCUUGAUCUCAUCCUUGAUGAUGCACCAAACCUCACUGACUUCCUCAGCAACAUCCUACUACAACUAACAUCCCCGAAACUCCACUCUUUCAAAAUCGAGUUCGAUUCGGGUGCCUUCUUACAUGAUGAUGAUGACCCUGAUGCUGAUGCUGUAGAGUCCUGCUUUCAUCAUAUUUGCUGCCGAAAUGUCGAACAGUUCAUUUUCAUUGACACACGUGUAGAGGAAGGGCACUUUCGAACGCCUGAUUCCUUUCUUAGUUGUCAAUCUUUAGUAGAUUUGCAUUUGUUUGGUCCGCUUAAAUUUGAUUAUAAAAGUACUCAGUUUUACCUUCCGAAUUUGAAGAAGCUUUCCCUGAUUAACCUUUCAAAUGUGCCUGAUUGGGUUUGGUCUUUGCAUACAUUUGUCCCGUUCUUACAAGAUUUAACUCUGGUGUUUGAGACGACGUCUAGACUACCGCCUAAUGUAGUUUCUCCUCUGAAUUUGCAUUUCCUCAAUUUGAAGUCGUUGACGCUAGCUUUUAAUUCCUGGUUUUAUUCAGUGGUUGUGUUUACCUUAUACUUUCGUCGUAUUCCAACUGAAUUAAUCAAAGCGUGUAUUGAAUUGAGGAGGGAGGAUAAGGAAGAAGAUGAGAAUGAUUACGCAGAGGAUUUUAACUGGUUUUCUGAAUUUUUCAGAGGAAGUCUAGUAUUACCAACCUUGGGAUUGUAG